AUGAAUGUCUGGAGCGGUCUCACUCCUACCGUCUCAACCACGUGGGAAAGCCUUCUGAAGACGAAACUAGGUGCUGGCGCUUCCACGAAUGGUUUUAGUGGAGAACGUAUCGCAGUCUUGGGCUAUAUUACCUCACAACGAUCUGCGAAACAGUGCGAGUUCUUUCAACUCGUCGAUCCACGUUUAGAGCUUGCAAUCCAAGUCGUCCUCCCUACCACAACCUCGAACACACCCAAGAUCGUCUUGUCUGAGGACAGCCCCGAGUCUGCUUCUCAAAGGUCGAACAAAUCCGCACCCGGCGAUGCUUCAGACAAGAAGGUCAAGAUUUCCAAAGGUCUCCAAGGCCACACUCCCGUUCAAGUAAUCGGUUCCCUUGUCGGGCGAAGAGCGCCUCCCAAACAGGCCAACGGCCCUAACCGAGCAGCAGUGUCCCUGGAAGGACCUGAGGCACAAGAGAAGAGUGAACAAUAUACCGUUCAAAAGCUCGAUCCUCUUGUUGGCUUGGUCGACCUGAUUUCGCACGUGGAGAUACGCGCAGAUUCUAUUACAGCGUUAAACGCCUUUCCCUCAGAUACAAUUGCAGCGUGUGAUACGGUAUUCCCACCAGAGAUGCGCCACCUGCAAUUUAGAACAGACCAUGAACUCCGCCGCCGCAUACGGUUACGGUCAGUGAUAGCUGCAAACAUACGUCAGCACAUGCAGACCUUAGGCUUCGAUGAGAUUGAAACACCUUUACUGUUCAAGUCUACCCCGGAAGGGGCCCGAGAAUUCAUAGUGCCAACCAGGAAAAAAGGAAUGGCAUACGCGCUUCCACAAAGUCCGCAGCAAUAUAAACAGGUACUCAUGGCAUCUGGAAUACCAAAGUACUUCCAAUUUGCCAGAUGUUUUCGGGAUGAAGAUCUCAGAGCAGAUAGGCAACCAGAGUUCACUCAGCUCGAUCUAGAAAUGUCAUUCGCUGGGGCCACACAGGUCAUGAGGACUGUGGAAGAUAUCAUCUUGAAGGCUGUGUGGCCAAGCGUACCAGAUAUCUCUACCUUACAGAAAGCCAUAUCAGAGGACAACGCUGUGAUAUCGACCAGUGGCCUGGAACAGGGCGAUUUGGCCUUUCCACAACUGACAUACAAUGAGGUUAUGGCUCGCUAUGGCUCGGACAAGCCUGACACGCGGUUUGGCUCAGAGAUUUGUCGAAUUGACGAUUGGCUGCCGCCCAAUGUCAAGGGAAUGCUUACCUCCCUAGAUGAUCCGAUCGUGGAAAUGAUCAAGAUUGACAUGCGUGGAUGUAGUCCGUCCGAGAGCGGUCAAUUUAUCACGUCUUUCCUGGACGCAUCCUCCGCGUCAGUUUACGUGAACAACCCAGAUGGGAUACCUGGUGUGUCUGUCUAUGAUCAGGGUAAGCCGUUGAGCGGACUUGCUAGCUUUGGCCACGACGGGGCAUCGAGGGUCGAAGAACACUUUCAACCCGAGCCGGGAGACAUCUUCAUUAUGCAAGCUCGCGCCCGCAGACCAUUUAGCGGUGGUUCAACAGUUCUAGGUAAUCUACGUCGAGAUAUCUAUCAAAGCGCAAUCUCUCAAGGUCUGACACCUGCACCGACCGGAUUUUCGGCUCUUUGGGUUACCGACUUUCCACUUUUUUCGCCCACAGAACAAUCUGAGCCAGGACAGGGCGGACUGGCGGGAAUAUGCUCAACUCACCACCCUUUCACGGCUCCUAAGCCGGGUCAAGACUUGUCACUGUUACUGUCAGAUCCAUUGGCCGUUAUUGGGGAUCACUAUGAUCUAGUUAUCAAUGGGGUGGAAAUCGGUGGUGGCUCCCGGCGUAUCCACAUUACGGAAAUGCAAGAGCUCAUCUUCAGAGAUGUCCUAGCAAUGAGGCCGGAGCGUCUGGAAGAUUUCAGGCAUCUCCUAAAUGCCUUGAGGAGUGGAUGUCCUCCCCACGCAGGUUUUGCGCUCGGCUUCGAUCGAUUGGUGGCGAUCCUAACGGACAGAGCCAGUGUCCGGGAUGUCAUUGCCUUCCCAAAGCACACUGAUGGCCAAGAUCGUUUUGUCGGCUCGCCUUCUGAGCUGACAGAAGACCAACUUGCGACCUAUCACCUUGCUGUUGUAGACAGCACUGUUGGCGACGUCCGUCCCCCCAUCUCACUCAAGGCGUAG